UGUGCAUCCAAGUCUUUACAGUUUUUUUGGGGGGGUUUCUGGUGCAUUAAUUUGAUUGUAUCUUGCAGAGGCUGCACCUGAGCGAAGACGUGGCUGGGGCAACAUUCAUGGCAGCAGGGAGCUCGACUCCAGAAUUAUUUGCCUCCGUUAUUGGAGUAUUUAUCACGCACGGUGACGUCGGUGUCGGGACCAUUGUUGGUUCGGCUGUUUUCAACAUUCUCUGUAUAAUUGGAGUUUGUGGCGUCUUUGCUGGGCAGGUUGUCCGACUGACGUGGUGGUCUUUAUUCCGUGACUCCAUGUACUACAUCCUAGCAAUAAUAGCGCUGAUCAUUUUCAUUUAUGAUGAAGUCAUAGUCUGGUGGGAGAGUCUCAUCCUCAUCAUUAUGUAUCUCAUCUACAUCCUGAUAAUGAAAUACAACAUGAAGAUGCAGCACUUGUUCACCAUCAAACGGAAAAACCUGGGAAACGGCACAGUCGGCAAUGAGCUGCAGGACGUAAAGACAGACCAACGUUUUUACAGCCGAAAUUCGGUAGUGAUGGUAGAUGAGAUCAUCUGUUCCAGCCCUCCCAAAUAUCGCUUUCCUGAAGCCGGGUUACGGAUCAUGAUCACCAACAAAUUCCCACCACGAACACGGCUACGCAUGGCAAGCCGCUUGAUCAUCAAUGAGAGGCAGCGACUCCUCCACUCUGCUAAUGGUGUGAGUUCCACGACAUUGGAUGGCAAGCAAGAGCUCCUGGAAAAUGGUCUUCUGCAUGGAGAUAAGGAAGAAUGUCAAGAAGACACUGACACCACAAACUACCUGGUGCCCUUCUCAGUGCCCAGUGGCUUUGUGAACAAGUUCAAGUGGGUGUUUUCCUGGCCGUUAAUCUGCACCUUGUACUUCACCGUCCCGAACUGCAGCAGGCCGCGCUGGGAGAACUUCUUCAUGCUAACAUUCAUUCUGUCCACAGUAUGGAUUGCCAUCUUCUCUUACCUCAUGGUCUGGAUGGUGACGGUUAUCGGGUACACCCUGGGCAUACCGGAUGUCAUCAUGGGCAUCACUUUCCUGGCGGCAGGCACUAGUGUCCCAGAUUGUAUGGCCAGUCUGAUUGUGGCCAGACAAGGUCUUGGAGAUAUGGCCGUGUCCAAUACAAUAGGAAGUAACGUCUUUGACAUUCUGGUGGGACUUGGGGUGCCUUGGGGUCUGCAGACUAUGGUGAUUCACUAUGGAUCCACGGUGAGGAUAAACAGCAAAGGAAUUGUCUACUCAGUAAUACUUUUGCUGGGAUCUGUGGCCCUUACAGUCAUCGGGGUGCACGUCAACAAUUGGAAACUGGACAAGAGGCUGGGAUGCUACGUGCUCAUCCUGUACGUCAUCUUCCUGUGUUUCUCCGUCCUCAUCGAAUACAACGUCUUCACCUUCAUCAACUUGCCAAUGUGUCAGGACAACUUUUGA